AUGAGAAAAGGGGGAGCCUCUGUCCCGAAGAAAGUCCUAAUUUCAGGGGUCGGGGGCUCCUCCAUGGACAAAAACCGCACAGUUCUGACCCAGUACGCCAAUGCGCCGUGUUAUCAGAUCUUAACCCCUCCGCCCUGUCCGAACCAGACUAACAAUGUCGGUGUCCCAGAUCCGACCGAGAGUCCGCUAUACACUACCCCCAUCGGGGUGUCUACAAACGGGACCGGACAGCGACCACCCCUCGGAAGACACCCGGCGAAGCGUCGGUUGGAGCUGGAGGAGAGUGAUCAACAGUACACCAGUGAGACGAACAGUGGCUCCAGAGCUAAGCGAGCCACCAGGCUCUCCCUCAGAGGACCCAAGACUCCCUCCUCCACGUUAGAGAAGACCAGGUAUGACACAUCUCUAGGCCUCCUGACCCAGAAGUUUGUCCAGCUGCUGGCCCAGUCCAGUGACGGGGUGGUGGACCUCAACCGGGCCGCGGAGUCCCUCAAGGUGCGGAAGAGACGCCUCUAUGACAUCACCAACGUCCUGCAGGGGGUGCAUCUCAUCAAGAAGAAGUCUAAGAACAACAUCCAAUGGAUGGGCUGUAGCCUGUCUCCACAGGGAGUUGCCAGGGUCCAGACCCCUGGCUCUGUGGGUGACGAGCUACUGGAGCUGGCCCAAGAGGAGAAGAGACUGGAUGAGCUCCUACACAUCUCCACACGCAUCGUCCAACAGAUAACUGAAGACACACCCACAAGGAAGUUUGCAUACAUAUCGUAUGAGGAUGUGAAGAGGAUUCCUAGUCUCAAGGACCAGACGGUCAUUGUGGUCAAAGCCCCUGCUGAAACCAGACUAGAGGUGCAAGACCCUGCAGAGAGUCUCCAGGUCCACCUGAGCAGUACCCAGGGUCCAAUAGAAGUCUUCCUUUGCUCUGAUGACCACGCCACCACCUCCACGCUGAACAACGUGGCACUGAAUGGAAAAGCAUCUUCAUCGUAUGUCAACGGAAACUCCUCUUUGUCCGUCUUCAAGGAUGUCAACCAGGAGCCCUUUGUCCCCCUCUCUCCCCCCCUCCUCUUUGAGGAGGACGACGACAUGCUCAGCCUGGGGGUAGACAACUUGUUCUCCUACGACCUGGACAAGCUUCCACUGGAAGACCUGCUCUGUAACUGA